UUACAACUUUGUAUUUUAUGCACUAAAUAGUUGUAAAACUUAUUCAUACAAAACGGAGUGGAAGGUAAUGAUUACUAUAAAUAGUCAUGCUUCCUCUAAAUUGAUCAUCUAUCUUAUCAUUCUUCCAUCCAACCAACACCAACACACCAAAUUACUGAGUGAGAACACUCUUGAGUCCUAACCAUUAACAUUUCAUGUUAUAGUUUUUGACUCUAAUCAAACAAAUUUGUGUCUUUAUAUUCUUCCAACCAUGCCCAAGACCAUUCCUACUCUACAAGAAAACAAGAAGCCGUUCCAUCGUAGGAAUGGUUCGGGUGAUCUCCAUGUCUUUGAGGCGGCUCGUUACUUUGAAGCCUCAAACCCGACUCUCACUCAUAAGCGCUACAUGAGAGAAGGUGUUGGAAGACUAAGUUUAGAUAUCCCAAACAAUAGAAUAAACUCUACUCCUUUAGAAACCAUGAUGGAAAACAGGAAUUCGGUUCGUUUAAGAGACAUGAUAAUGGAUCAUCACAACCCUAUGGUGAUCAAGAAUGAGAAGAAGUACAAACAACCAAGUUCACCGGGAGGAAAGUUGGCUCAUUUCUUGAAUUCCCUUUUCAAUCAAACAUCUUCCAAGAAGUCUAAAUCAAAAUCUAAGUCAAUCUCAUCAAUUCAAUCUAUAAAAGAUGAAGAUGAAAGCCCUAGUAGUUGGAGAAGAAAAAGAAGAAGCAGCAUUAGCCUUUUUAGAAGUGGAAAUAAUAGUAAUGUCACCCAUUUAAGUGACACAAAAUCUUCUUGCUCAAAAACACCACCUUCAUAUCACAUUCCACCAAUACGACCUACAAGCACUAAAACUACAACUUAUAGAGAUCUCAUAAGUUGUUCACAUCACAAACCUACAUGUGAAACUACCAAACCACCUAUAAUUGAAAGCCACAAGAACGGAAACCAAAAGGUCAAAAGUGGACUAUAUGAGAAAAAAAGCUUAGGAAAUGGGUUAUUGGAAAAAAGUAAAGUGUGUGAUAUAAAACAAGAUGAUCAUCAUCAAAAAUAUGAUCCAACAAUGGAGACUAAAGAACUAAAAAGGUUCAUUCUUGAUGAUGAUGAUGAUGGUGGAGAUAGUGAUUCAAGUUCUGAUCUAUUUGAGUUAACAAACUGUGAUUUGGGUUAUUAUUCAAGUGGUUUGCCGGUUUUUGAAACUACUCAUAUUGAUAGCAUCAAAAGGGGUGCACCAAUCUCUAGCUAACAACCUUGAUUACACAUACAAGGGAAAUUAUAAGUCAAGGUUAUACAUACUUAAGUUGAUUAUGAUGAUAUGUAUCAUAACUCAUAAGGGUUUUAUAGUUAUAUUUCCAAUAUUAAUUUGUUUAUUUUUGCUAUAUUGAUUAUUGAUCAAUAAUUAUUAUUUUUUGAUAUGCAAUGAGAUGAGUAAAUUGCAUGGA